AUGCGGGUAUUCGACAGGCGGCCGCCGCAAGGAAUAUGCACGCCUAUCCUGGGCGCCAACGGCGGCCAGCGCGCGUCGAUGCGCCUUCUGAUGCGGAGUGGCGCCAUCUCAAGAGGGACGCGGCCGCCGCAAGGAAUAUGCACGCCUAUCCUGGGCGCCAACGGCGGCCAGCGCGCGUCGAUGCGCCUUCUGAUGCGGAGUGGCGCCAUCUCAAGAGGGACGUCCGCGCGGCGCGCCCGCGCCGCGCGCGGGCGCGACCCCUCCGACUUCAUGCUCAGGAGCGUCUCUACCACAACACCGUCCGCACCAAACGGCGCGCUCACCGGCUCGCACACUUGCGGCGCCUGCUAG